GCCAUUAAGAAGCGCUCUAAAGUCCCAGGAGUAAUGAUCACACAGUUUGUGCAGGAAAUCCCAGCAGGAAAAAGUCAUCCUGAUUUCUCCCGCAAACCCAUUGCCUUGACUAUUCAGGAAGGAAAGUUUGCAUUUUUCAAAGCCAUCGUCACUGGAGAUCCAACACCAACUGUGACAUGGGCUCGAAACAAUGGAGAUAUUUCUGAUCCUGAAAGAUAUACUGUUUUGUAUGAUCCAAUCUUAGGAGAACAUCAAUUACAGAUGCCCAAUGUUGGAGUUGAUCAAGCAGACACUUACAAAUGUUUAGCAAAUAAUGAGUAUGGACGUGCUAUAGUCACAGUCACACUCAAUGUGAUUGAAGUUGGGUUCAAGAAGAGCAAAGCAAUGCAGGAACAACGACUAGAAAAAGCAGCAGCUGAUUUAAAAAAGACCCUGAGGACUCGAGCUGAAAGAAAGGAGGAGAGGAAAGAUGGAGAAGUUGACGAGAAAUUUUGGGAACUGUUGUUGAGCGCUGAUAAGAAAGACUACGAGCGCAUCUGCGCUGAAUAUGGGGUGACCGACUUCCGCUGGAUGUUGAAGAAACUGAAUGAAAAGAAAAGGGAAAUAGAGGAGCAGCAGUCACAGUACAUUGAACACCUGAGCAACCUGAGACAUAUUGAAAUCAAGACGCCUGGAUGUGCCGAAUUUGAAUUUGAGAUGGAUCUCAAAGAUCCCAAUGCCAGAAUCUUCCUCUUCAAGGAUGGUGUCAUGGUUCCAUUUAACACUGAAACAGAUGAGAAGCAUUGUCUGCGGCAAGUCGGCAAAAAAUUCAUCUUUAGCGUACAUGGUUUGAAUCCAGAAGAUGCUGGAUUGUAUCAAGUCGAUAUUGAGGGGGUCAAUGUCUUCUCCACUGACUUUAAAAUUCCAGUGGCAGAUUUCUUGGUAAAGAUUCAGGAAGUGAAGGCUGUGGAAAGAGAAGAUGCCGUGUUUCAAUGUGUCUUAUCUGCUCCGCUCCCUAAGAUCUCUUGGAUAGGCAAGAACGUUCCACUGGAACAUGGUGAAAAGUAUGACAUCUCUGUCUCUGAGGACAUGCUAAUCCAUACACUGGUGGUGAAGGACUGUAUGCAAGUGGACAAAGGCAUCUAUGCAGCUGUGGCUGGAAUGAAGUCCUGUAAUGCUUGGCUGAUAGUGGAGCACCCAGGAGUUCACUUCAUCAGUGGGCUGUCAGAUGUUCAUGCCAUCAUUGGUCAGUCAGCUGAAAUGGUGUGCAAGCUCAGCAGUGAGAAGUGUGAUGGCAUUUGGUAUAAGGAUGGAAAAGAGAUAACAGCCACAGAUGAUCUGAAGAUCGUCAAAGAUGGAGCAGUCCAUAAAUUAGUUGUAUCAAACUGCACAGAGGACGACAAUGGAAAGUACCGCUUUGAGGCAGAUGGACGUAAAACUGAGGCCAUAUUGGUCGUGGAAGAUCCACCAAGGAUGAAUCAAGAUGACUUAGCUAAAUUCUCAGAGCCUGUGAUAAUCAAGGUUGGCCAAAAUGCAACUUUCAAACUGGACUUUGUGGGUCGCGAACCAAUGAAAGUGCAGUGGUACAAUGAGGGUGAGGAGAUGCUUGAGGAUAAUCACAUCAAGAUUGAGAAAUCAGCCAUUCACAGCCGCCUUCUACUUGUGAAGUGUCAACGCAAAGACAGUGGAGAAAUAAAGCUGAAGCUCAAAAAUGAGUUUGGAACCGUUGAAGCCUUUUCAAGACUCAUCGUUCUAGCAUAUCCUGGACCACCAUCUACACCCAAAGUGGUCAGUGCUUUCAGGAACUGCAUCACUUUGGCAUGGACACCUCCUACCAACACUGGUGGAACCAACAUUGUUGGCUACAAUAUGGAGAAACGCAAACGGGGCAGCAACUUAUGGGGUCAAGUGAACCCCCCUGAUGAGCCAAUCAAAGGCAAACAGUAUGAUGUGAAAGAUGUUGUUGAAGGAAUGGAAUAUGAAUUCCGUGUGUCUGCGAUCAACUUCUCUGGUGCUGGAGAACCAAGCACACCCUCUGAAUUUGUGAUCGCCAGAGAUCCUAAAAAACCCCCUGGUAAAGUCAUUGACCUGAAGGUCGCAGAUUCCACCUAUACCUCUUUGUCUUUGAGUUGGACUAAACCAAAGGAAGAGAAAGGCGUCCAGGAUGAAGCUAAAGGUUAUUUUGUGGAAUUAAGGCCAGCCGAGAACACAGAGUGGGGUCGCUGCAACUCCAACCCACUCAUUUCAACUUCCUAUACAAUUCUUGGCCUCAAGUCUAUGGCUAUGUACUGGGUCAGAGUGGUUGCAACCAAUGAAGGAGGAGACGGGGAACCCCGAGAUCUGGACAACUACAUCAUUGCCAUGCCCCCACCUGUAAGGCCAAAUUUCACCGAUCGCAAAAUGAAGAGCUUUAUGGUCGUAAGAGCUGAAAAUUCUGCUCGGGUCAACAUAAACUUUGAGGCAUCCCCAAUGCCAACUAUAAUCUGGCUGAAAGAUGGAAUGCCUGUGCCCAAACGUGUAACCGUGAGCAAUACAGAUGGGACAUCCCAGCUCAUGAUUCCAUCUGCUGAGCGUUCUGACUCUGGGAUCUACAGCAUCAUUGUCAAGAACAUAGUGGGUCAGGAGACGUUCAGUGUUGAGAUCAGAGUGACGGAUGAUCCCAAGCCACCUGGCCCAGUGGAGCUGGAAGAAAAUGUCCCUGGCACAUUGACAGUUUCUUGGGAUCCUUCUCCUGAUGAGAAACGAGAUAAUCACUUGCACUAUAUGGUGAUGAAACGGGACUCCAUCAAACGUACCUGGCAGACAGUCGCUGACCGCUUGUUCAACAACAACUUCACAGCAAUUAACAUCAUGCCAGGAAGGGAAUAUAACUUCCGUGUGUACGCCAAAAAUGACAUAGGCCUCUCAGAACCAUCUGAGUCCCAAACAUGGGGCAUUAUAAGGAAGAAAGAAAAGUUCAUCCUCAACUUAGCCCCAUCCAAACCUUGCAACUUUGACUCCGCUCCCAUUUUCACGGUUCCACUGAAGAUGCACACUACCCCGGAAAAGUACGAGUGCUACAUGAGCUGUGCGGUGAGAGGCAACCCCACACCCCACGUUACCUGGUACCGCAACAACGUCAGCCUCAACACUAACACCAACUACUACAUUUCAAACACCUGUGGCGUCUGUUCCAUGCUCAUCUUGAGAGUUGGUGCCAAAGACAACGGAGAAUACAAAGUAGUGGCAGAAAACUCUUCAGGCCGUGCUGAGUGCAGCACACAGCUGAUGAUCUUAGGUAUGUUGUCAGAAUAUGUGUGA